UUAAAAAUGAAAUUCGAUCGAAGUCUCCCGAAAAAGCAGCUUGACGGAGCACUCCAGUCUUAUAGAGAAGAGAAGAAAUCUCAACUCAGUUAUUAUGCAGGAAAGAGUGAGGCUGGGAGAGUGAGAAACAACGAUUCUUUUAUAAAUAAAAGUUAUAAGAAGCCACCAACUCUGAAAUUUGAGUCUGACUUCGGAGACCUUAAGGAAGUAGAGCGUAGAAAAAUUCUUUAUAGAGUCAGUAAGAAGAUCUACACUCCUGAUGAAAUUGAGUUUAUUAGAGAUCAGGUUCUAGCCAGCAGCAGAAGAAGUACCAAGAAGUUUCUACAUUUCUUUACUUCUAUCUGAAUGAUCAUUCUUAUUUUGGCGAUGUGUGGUACUCUCAUUUAUAGGAUAUACCAGCAAUGGAGCAUAAAGUACGAGUUAAAUCUUGCUUCUGUCUCUAUUCAAAAUCCUAAUGUAACAAAUUAUGUAUCGAACGUUACAGUUAUCAGAUACUUUUUAUACGAUAAUACUUCUGGAGAUACCUUCUCAUUGAAUGGAGUUCAAACUGUUAGACUUCAGACUGCUUACACUAAUCUUCACUCCUUGUGUGACAAUAAUAACAAGACAUUUGUGGAUAUUGAAUCGAAGAUGAAGACGAUACAAGAUUCAACAGAUAGCCCAUUUAAGUUGAUAUAUGAUCUUAUUUUUAUCAUUAUCAUGCUCUUAUGUAUGGCGUAUAUUAUUAGAAGAACUUGGAAACCUCUUAAAAUAUAUAGAGUGCCUCUAACUAUCCGUUCCAACAAUGUCAGUCCUUGGAGUUACAAACAAAGAUUCAAGCUGUGAGCAUUUGCAAUAUUUGUGAUUAUGGCUUCCUUCUUUACAAGAUACAAUAUGUACGAUUAUUCACAGAAGUGACUGUAUUGUUUCGACAAGCUCAAUUGUAGAGAUGUGGACAACAUCAACCAUGGCUCCCAAGUUCUAGGGUUGACAAUAAUGCUUCCAUUUCUAUUACUUCUGCUGUUGCAGCAGUUUAAUGAAAAACUAAAGUACCUCGUUGUGCCUCUUAUUCUGAUCAAUGGGUUGUUCAUGUUCGUCGUUCUGGUACUUUGCUGCUACUCAUACUUCAUCUACUUUUGGUACAGUGCAUUUAUUGUGCUAAGAGUCUUCCAUAUCUUAAAUCUGCUGCUGACUGCCGGAAUGUUUAUCAUGAUCUAUAUUGUGGACAACUAUAUGUCAAGUGAAUUCGAUUAUUACGAGGAGACUUAAAA